CUUGCAAUCUAGUUUGUCUCUUUCCAACAAAGCGCACCUAGCAGUAGCACCUUUAGCUGUUUGAUCGACGUAACGGACCAGGGAAACUGCUUGACAAAAUGUAUUCGAAAAGUAUUGGGGAACGCCAAGCCGUUAAAGAACAUGUUUUGGCUGUUUCAAGAGACUUCGUUUCGCAGCCACGACUUACAUAUAAAACAGUAUCAGGUGUAAAUGGUCCAUUGGUGAUAUUAGAUGAAGUCAAAUUUCCAAAGUUUGCAGAAAUUGUACAAUUAAAACUUGCUGAUGGAUCUAUCAGAUCAGGUCAAGUUUUGGAAGUCUCUGGAUCUAAAGCAGUGGUUCAAGUAUUUGAGGGUACUUCCGGUAUUGAUGCAAAAAAUACUCACUGUGAAUUCACUGGUGACAUUCUUCGGACUCCUGUGUCUGAAGACAUGUUGGGCCGUGUGUUUAACGGUUCUGGAAAACCAAUCGAUAAAGGUCCCCCAAUUCUUGCGGAAGAUUUCUUGGACAUUGAGGGACAGCCUAUUAAUCCCUGGUCACGUAUCUAUCCCGAAGAGAUGAUCCAAACUGGUAUUUCAGCAAUUGAUGUUAUGAAUUCUAUUGCCCGUGGUCAAAAGAUUCCUAUUUUCUCUGCUGCUGGUUUACCACAUAAUGAGAUUGCUGCACAAAUUUGUCGUCAAGCUGGUCUUGUAAAAUUGCCUGGAAAAUCAGUUUUGGACUCUCAUGAGGACAAUUUUGCUAUUGUAUUUGCAGCUAUGGGUGUAAAUAUGGAAACUGCUCGUUUCUUCAAACAAGAUUUUGAAGAGAAUGGUUCUAUGGAAAAUGUGUGCCUAUUUUUGAAUUUAGCCAAUGAUCCUACCAUUGAAAGAAUCAUUACUCCACGACUUGCUUUAACUGCUGCUGAAUUUUUGGCUUAUCAAUGUGAAAAGCACGUUUUAGUUAUACUUACUGACAUGUCUUCUUAUGCUGAAGCUCUUCGUGAGGUAUCAGCUGCUCGUGAAGAGGUACCCGGUCGUCGUGGUUUCCCUGGUUACAUGUACACUGAUUUGGCAACAAUAUACGAACGUGCAGGGCGAGUAGAAGGUCGAAAUGGUUCUAUUACUCAAAUUCCAAUUCUGACUAUGCCAAACGAUGAUAUUACUCAUCCUAUUCCUGAUUUAACUGGAUAUAUUACCGAAGGACAAAUUUACGUUGAUCGUCAGCUUCAUAACAGACAAAUUUAUCCACCUGUUAAUGUACUUCCAUCUUUAUCUCGACUUAUGAAAUCUGCUAUUGGUGAGGGCAUGACGCGAAAAGAUCACUCUGAUGUAUCUAAUCAAUUGUACGCUUGUUAUGCUAUUGGAAAAGACGUACAAGCUAUGAAGGCUGUUGUUGGUGAGGAAGCCUUAACACCAGAUGAUUUGUUAUACUUAGAAUUCCUUUCCAAGUUUGAGAAGAACUUCAUUUCUCAAGGAAGUUAUGAAAAUCGUACCGUCUUCGAAUCGUUGGACAUCGGUUGGCAACUACUACGUAUUUUCCCUAAGGAGAUGCUUAAGCGAAUUCCUGCUAGCACCCUUGCCGAAUUUUAUCCAAGAGAUUCGCGUCAUUAAUUUUCUCAAUCCUUUAAUUCAAUUAUCUUUUUCAUGAAUUUAUGAGAAAGAAUGUAAAUGAAAUAUGGUAAGAAUAAAAAGACCUGACCCGUUAAGAACAAAAGUAGGUUGUUUAUAGUAUGAUGAAAUUGUAAGUACAAGAUCAAUAAAUGCUUUUUAUGUUAAUGAAAAUUUAAAAGGUAAA